ACCCGUGGGGGGGGGGGGGCCGGAAAGGCUCGGAACAGCUGCCGGAGGUGACGGAGCGGCCGCGCCGCCCGGUACCCAGAAAGACGAAGCUUCCAGCUCCAGUCAGCCUGAGACCAGGUCCCCCCACCCCACCCCGUCUCCGCGUAGCCAUGAGUGCGGAGGUGAAGGUGUCAGGGCAGAACCAGGAGCAGUUUCUGCUCCUGGCCAAGUCGGCCAAGGGGGCGGCGCUGGCCACCCUCAUCCACCAGGUGCUGGAGGCCCCUGGCGUCUACGUGUUUGGGGAACUGCUGGAUAUGCCCAAUGUUAGAGAGCUGGCGGAGAGCGACUUUGCUUCCACCUUCCGGCUGCUCACUGUCUUCGCUUAUGGAACAUAUGCCGACUACUUAGCUGAAGCCAGAAAUCUUCCCCCACUCACAGAGGCGCAGAAGAACAAGCUUCGACACCUCUCUGUCAUCACCCUAGCCGCCAAAGUCAAGUGCAUCCCUUACGCGGUGCUGCUGGAAGCCCUGGCCCUGCGCAACGUGCGGCAGCUGGAAGACCUUGUGAUUGAGGCCGUGUAUGCCGAUGUGCUUCGCGGCUCCCUGGACCAGCGCAAUCAGCGGCUGGAGGUGGACUACAGCAUCGGGAGGGACAUCCAGCGCCAGGACCUGAGCGCCAUUGCGCGCACCCUGCAAGAGUGGUGUGUGGGCUGUGAAGUUGUGCUGUCGGGCAUUGAGGAGCAGGUGAGCCGCGCCAACCAGCACAGGGAGCAGCAGCUGGGCCUGAAGCAGCAGAUUGAGAGUGAGGUCGCUAACCUUAAAAAAACCAUUAAAGUCACCACGGCAGCAGCAGCCGCAGCCACAUCUCAGGACCCAGAGCAACACCUGAGCGAGCUGAGGGAACCCGCUCCCGGCGCCAACCAGCGCCAGCCCAGCAAGAAAGCCUCCAAGGGCAAGGGGCUCCGAGGGAGCGCCAAGAUCUGGUCCAAGUCGAACUGAAGGGACUGUCGCUUCUUCCCAGGGGAUGCGGGGUCCCAGCCGCCCACCUCCUCGGGUGUCCUCGGCCCCUUCCUGGGCCCCGGCCAGCUGACCCUAGUUCAUGACCUUCCGCCUCCUUCGCCCGCUGGCGUAGGUCUCAGCUCACUAGGGAGGCAGCCAGUACAGGUCGUGUUUUUGUUGGUACUUGUUGUUUCAUGUGAUUUUCUUCUGUGUCCCCCCGCCCUGUCUCCCUGCCAUGCUCUUAUGUCUAAGAGCUCAGCCUCUGUCCCUCUCCAUGACUUCGUCAUUUGGUGGGUGUGGUCCUCAUGGGGUUGCUGUGUCUCCAGCAUAACCCACAGGGCUUCUUCUGCCCCCAUCCCUGCAUGACUGACCCCCAGCUCCUGCUCUCUAUCCACACCUCUGGGGCAGCGCCUCUAUCCCACCCUGAGGAUUCUGGGAGCCAGUCUGCCUUUUGAGGGUCACUGGGCACUUUGAUCCCAGAAUCAUCACACUACAGUUGUUUCCUGUCUCUUUCCCGUGAGUCCUGGGAACACCGCUGCCUCCCGGAGCCCAGAGCCUGAGAAGGACAGCUGUUUCUUAGGGGCUGACAGAUGGUUUUGGGUCUGACCAUCCUAGGAAGCUGGAUGAUGAUCCUGGAAGGGUGUAACCCUUUCUGCAUUUGCUGGAAAGGGGAAGGGAAUGUAGAUUGUAUUUAAAAAAAAAAAAAAAAAAAA